AUGAUGUGGUCGCAUGAGCCGGCCGCAGCGGAGCAGGAGGCUGCGGCGGCUCGGCAGCGGAGCUCUGUGGCCAAGCUGACGACGGCGUCCUCGUCCUUGGCGAACCUCCUCUCGGUCUUCGUCGGGUCGAAUAACAACAACUCCCCGGCGGACCCGAGGUCGCCGCCGAGGCGGAGCUUCGACGAGGGCGGCGGCGUCGGGCUGGGCAUCGUCGCGGCCAUGAGCCACGCCUGCCUGACCGGGGCCGACGCCGAGCCCAUCGCCAUCGGCGCCGCGGCUAGGCGGCGCGCGCGCGAGGACGACGAGAGCUACACGUGCGUCAUCACGCACGUGGCCGGCGAUGGCGGCGGCAGCGUCCGGAAGCGGGUCUACUUUGGCUUCGCCGACGGUGGUGGCUGGCUCGUGGAAGCCGACGACGAGGCGCCGGCGCCGGCGCCCGACUUCCUGAGCCGGUGCUGCCUCUGUGACAAGAGGCUUGAUGGGCUCGAUAUCUACAUGUACAGAGGGGAGAAAGCCUUCUGCAGCUCCGAGUGCCGAUGCCAGCAGAUGCUAAUGGACGACCGCGCUGACAAGUGUGGAUCCGAAGCUUUCAUCAGGUCCGGCGGCGACUACUCGUACUCGGUGUCGCCGCACUCUGCCCCGAUGGCCUUCUCACCGAGCGUCGCAGCAGCCUAG